CCCUUCUGCCGGGCGGCGCCGGGCGGACCCUCCCUAGGUUGGUCGCCGCCUCUGCCAACUCCCGCGCCCGCCCGGCUCCCUCCCUCCUCUGGCCGUCCGGCCACAUCUUCCCCUGCCUGCCACUCGAGGGACCAUGUCGCGAUUCAGCUGGGGAUACGGCGAACACAACGGCCCUAUUCACUGGAAUAAAUUUUUCCCUAUUGCUGAUGGGGAUCAGCAAUCUCCAAUUGAGAUUAAAACCAAAGAAGUGAAAUAUGACUCUUCCCUGCAACCUCUGAGUAUCAAGUAUGAUGCAAACUCAGCCAAAAUCAUCAGUAAUAGUGGCCAUUCCUUCAGCGUUGACUUUGAUGACACAGAGGACAAAUCAGUCCUGCGUGGGGGUCCCCUCACUGGAAACUACAGGCUGCGGCAGUUUCACCUGCACUGGGGGUCUGCUGAUGAUCAUGGCUCUGAACAUGUGGUGGAUGGAGUGAGAUACGCUGCAGAGCUCCAUGUUGUUCACUGGAAUUCAGACAAAUAUCCCAGCUUUGUUGAGGCAGCUCAUGAGCCAGAUGGACUUGCUGUUUUGGGCGUAUUUUUACAGAUUGGUGAACACAAUUCUCAACUGCAAAAGAUUACUGACAUUUUGGAUUCCAUUAAAGAAAAGGGUAAACAAACUCGAUUCACAAAUUUUGACCCAUUAUGUCUGCUUCCUCCAUCCUGGGACUACUGGACAUAUCCUGGUUCUCUUACAGUCCCGCCUCUUCUUGAGAGUGUCACGUGGAUCGUUUUAAAACAACCUAUAAGUAUCAGCUCUCAACAGCUGGCCACAUUCCGCACUCUCCUCUGUACAACGGAAGGCGAAGCAGCAGCUUUUCUGUUGAGCAAUCACCGUCCACCACAGCCUCUGAAGGGCCGAAAAGUGAGAGCAUCUUUCCGUUAAAAGUUGUCAUCAGUUGACCACCCCAAACAAGUCUGUGGACAAAAAAUAAAACACAAAAGUCCCUAGUAA